AUGAGGGCGUCCGUGCCGGGUCCGGCGGCCGGCCGCGAGCCCUCCACGCCCGGCGGGGGCGGCGGAGGCGCCGCGGUGCCGGGCUCCGUGCAGUUGGCGCUGAGCAUCCUGCACGCCCUGCUCUACGCCGCGCUCUUCGCCUUUGCCUACCUGCAGCUGUGGCGGCUGCUCCUGUACCGUGAGCGGCGGCUGAGUUACCAGAGCCUCUGCCUCUUCCUCUGUCUCCUGUGGGCAGCGCUCAGGACCACCCUCUUCUCCGCCGCCUUCUCGCUCAGCGGCUCCCUGCCCCUGCUCCGGCCGCCCGCUCACCUGCACUUCUUCCCCCACUGGCUGCUCUACUGCUUCCCCUCCUGUCUCCAGUUCUCCACGCUCUGUCUCCUCAACCUCUACCUAGCGGAGGUUAUAUGUAAAGUCAGAUGUGCAACUGAACUUGACAAACACAAAAUUCUGUUGCAUUUGGGCUUUCUAUUGGCAAGUCUUCUCUUUUUAGUGGUGAACUUGACUUGUGCAAUGCUAGUCCACGGAGAUGUCCCAGAAAAUCAGUUGAAAUGGACUGUGUUUGUUCGAGCAUUAAUUAACGAUAGCCUGUUUAUUCUUUGUGCCAUCUCUUUAGUUAGUUACAUAUGCAAAAUUACAAAAAUGUCAUCAGCAAAUGUCUACCUCGAAUCAAAGGGUAUGUCUCUGUGCCAGACUGUUGUCGUAGGCUCUGUAGUCAUUCUUCUCUACUCUUCAAGAGCAUGUUAUAAUUUGGUGGUGAUCACCAUAUCUCAGGAUACAUUAGAAAGUCCAUUUAAUUAUGGCUGGGAUAAUCUUUCAGAUAAGGCUCAUGUAAAAGACAUAAGUGGAGAAGAGUAUACAGUAUUUGGAAUGGUCCUCUUUCUGUGGGAACAUGUGCCAGCAUGGUCGGUGGUACUGUUUUUCCGGGCACAGAGAUUAAACCAGAACUUGGCACCUGCUGGCAUGAUAAAUAGUCACAGUUACAGUUCCAGAGCAUACUUCUUUGACAAUCCAAGACGAUAUGAUAGUGAUGAUGACUUGCCAAGACUGGGAAGUUCAAGAGAAGGAAGUUUAUCAAAUUCACAAGGUUUGGGCUGGUAUGGCACCAUGACUGGGUGUGGCAGCAACAGUUACACAGUCUCUCCCCACCUGAAUGGACCUAUGACAGAUACUGCUCCUUUGCUCUUUACUUGUAGUAAUUUAGAUAUGAACAAUCACCAUAGCUUAUAUGUAACACCACAAAACUGA